AAACCCCUGAUGAACGGUUUCGCAAGGUUUCAUACCACUAUUUCCGGCAAGCCCAUUGUGCGCUCCACGCGAGGCUGGGGGAAUCGAUUCCUAGCUUCUAGCCCCCAAAUGUAACCAAUUUUUGUAAAUGGGACUAAAAGCUCGGGCUCCGCCACGUUCACGCACAUAUGCAGGGAGCCUCAUAAGUCACGGGUGUGUUUCUCCUCCUGGGUGCGCCAACGAAGUUGGGAAGCUGGAGCUUGAAGGAGCCGAAUGGUUCGAUAUAGAUAUGAGUAGAGGAUUUCCCGUGAGAAUGUGUACGAUUCUUUCUUAAAUAAUUAGCUAGGUAGACACGAGCUUCGUUACUGCCGCAUGUUCAAGAUCGUCGGCGAUUCAAUAUCACAAAAUGUUUCUCACAAAUCCAUUCCUCACAUUAAGUUGGGCUCUGGCUCUGAGCUCCGUAUCGGCAGCCACGCCAUCACCAAAUCUUGCAGUCGACGUGCGAAAUGCCCCGGACUCAUCAACCGCAGACACUCUUCUUGCGCUUCGACGCUCUCUUGCAGGUAUCAAGAGAGACACGGUAUUAAAAAACAGCACGACGCUGGACAAAAGCUGGAAUGGCGCAACUUUGCUUAGCAUCGCUGCUCAAGACAGCACGAAAAACAAUGUAUCGCUGAGCGCCGGCGUCGACAUCACAUGUACGACAUGCUACAUCAAAGGCAAUGCGAUAGCGCAGUUCUCAGUCGAUGGUAGUUUCAAUGCUUCCCAGGCGAUCCAAAACUUCACAAGCGAAGUCAUGACCGAGGUCCUAAACACUACCGACCAAGUCAUCGACUCCAUCGAGGACUACUUUCCAACGGUGCUCCACAACCUCGCCAACGGCAUAGACCUAAACGACUUCGACUUCCCUCCCAUCAACGUCACCUUUGACGUUGACAUGCCGGAUAUCCCUGAAUGUCAUCUGCAAUUCCAAUUCGAUGACCUAGAGCUGUACCUGCUCAUCGACACCGUGCUAUCUGCCGGGGCUACUUACAACCUGAACCUGUACUCCUCGAACACGCCCAUCGGCAUCUCCGCAGGCAAUGACUUAUUCCUCGGCGUCGUCUUCUCAGUCGACUUGAUCCUAAGCGUCAACGCAGAGAUCGACAUCAGCAGCGGGAUCCACAUCAAGCUAGACGACGGCGUCGGCCUCGACAUGUCCCUAUUCGGACGCAACGUCUCCAGCAUCACAUUCAACGGAGCGAACUUCGAAUUCCUGCCCGUAACAAUCGAAGGCGCAGGCGGCGUCCUCAACGCCGUGCUGCGCCUCGGCGUAAAAGCCGGGUUCGAGCUCUCGACGCCCGGCGUCGCGAUCCCGAGCCUAUCCUUCUCGACGAAAGCCAGCGCGGGCGUCGGCGUCAGCGUCUGGGCCGACAUCGCCGAGUUCGCGACGAACGUGACGGCGGCGCCCGCCGGCUCCGACGACGCCGACGAUGGCUGCGCGCUGAGGGUCGAGCAGACGUACCAGUUCGGGCUGGGCGCCGCGGCGGGCGCCACGCUCGCGAUCGGCGCUGAGACCUGGGGCCCGAGCCCGAAUACGAAUAUUCCGAUUUUCUAUACGACGAUCGCGGAUGUGUGCGCCGUCCAAGGUAAGACUACGACGACGACGACGGUUAGCGCGGCUACGGCGGGGGUUACUGCUAGGGCUGAUGAGGGCUUGACAACUACGACACUUACUUCGGAGGUCACGUUUACGGGGACGGGGUGCCUGACUACCGGGUUGGUUAAUUGUCCGGCGUCGUCGCAGACUACGACUAAGGUCACGAGUACCAUGACUUACGUCACGUCGGUGGCUUCGGGUGUGGAGGCGACGUUCCCUGCGUCUACGGGAACUGGCGUUGCCACUCCGGUGCCCUUCGGCACCAAUAAGAAGUCCAUAGAUGCUACGACAGGGACUCCCGUAUCAUACACGCCGCCGCCGCCGACGUCAUCGGGGGAUUCCACUGUUUCCGCCGAGCACCCGCUUGGCGAGGUCGACGGCGUGGAUAAGAGGAUCAUAAUCGGUGUCAGCGUCGGCGUUGGUGUUCCCGUGCUUAUCGGAAUUGCUGUUGGUAUCUUUUUCUGCCAGAAGCGCAGGAGAUAUGCGUCGCUCCCCAAGGGCGAUACAGUUUACUUCGGGGCACCCCAGCCAUACGGAGGUAGCCAAAUGGCAAAGAACAGGAUGGUCGCGAACCAUUAACCCAAGUACCUUGCGAACUAUAGGAUCAUGUUCAGUUGGGUUACGAAAUUUUUAGGGCGUUUUUG